CCGGCAGAAGAGAAGGAGCACAGCACACCUCAGCUGCGAGUGAUCCAUCUUGUUCCUGAGAAUCUGCACGCGACCAAAAGCAAAACCCACACAGGCUCUUCUUCCUUCUCCGCCGAGAGAGUCUUCAUCUUCUUACGCAUGCUAGCCAGGCUGCCAUGAGAGAACCUGGAUGCCUCACCGGGAGGCUGCCCCUGCCGUGAACGAGCUUUCUCCGGGUUUGGUGACCGAAUGCAUGUGUGGGGGAAGGAACUGCCUCCCGCUCUCUCGCCCAACAAACCCUGCCUCCUCGGGACGUUCUGAGGGGUCUUUUCUCCACAUUAUCAGAUGCUGGUCACUGAUCGGCAACCCACCGCCGACCCUCUUGAGUUUGCUCGCCCUUCUCAAUGCCCGCUUCUGCUUUGCCCUGAUCUGGCAGCGAGAUCCCUCAAUGCCCUCCUCUUUUAUUGUUCUCUGCCAUGAGGGCCAAUGAUUGGUCUGGAAUUCCCUAAAAAUACUUCUUCUCUGCUUUCUAUUUGUUCCUUUUUCCAUCGUUUCCCAUGCUUGUCUUACCUGACCCCCGUGCCGAGGUGGGAACGCCAGAUUUCCCAUUCAGCGCAUAGACGAUUGCCCGGUGUUCGGGUCAAUUUAUCUAUCGUAUUUCUCGUUUCUUGUUGCUGGGCAGUGUCGUGUCUGCGGAAUACGUCUUCGCUCAGCUUGACUGGUUACCUAAUCAGCUGUCUGAGCGCUCCAGGGACAGCACACAUUGGAAUGAGGCUGGGUUCGCCUCGAGCGGGACCAUCUGAUUACUCGGGCAUCGACCCAGACUACACGGGAAGCUACCCUGACGAGUCCUUGGUAGACUGGGACGGAGCUCAAGGCAGCACCGUCUACACACCGGCACCCAGCAGCAGUUUGAAGAAGAGCCGCAGCAGCAGACGGUCCAAGUCAAGCAAACUCACGAGUUACUCGGGCUCAGACACCGAAACAGAAGAAGCCAAGAUGUCUUCACGAUCAUCCAAGUAUUCGGGUUCCACCAGCUCCAAGAAGGAGAAGUCUUCGUCACCGAGAUCAAAGGAGUCUGAUGACUGGAGUGCCGUGACUGACCCGGAGAUGAGACGCCGGAUUCAAAAUAGAAUUGCUCAGCGCAAGUUCAGGGACAAGGCCCGUGAGCAAAAGGAGCGCGACCAACGCGAUGCCCUUAAUGAGCAAUAUGCCGACAGUAGCUACCGCAUCCGCAGUGCCGAUGAGUUGGUGGACGAAGGGGAUCUGGCAUGGGGAAGCUUCAGCAUGAGCCACAUGCUCUCUCGAGGGCAUGAAGCUGCCAGUGCGGGGCAACGGACUCACAGUGGCGGGAGCAGAAGGGAGUCUGACCUCGUGAUGGAUCAGGCCAUGUAUAGCAGCCACAGCAUGAGCCCUUACCCACCGACAUCAAUGGGCAUCCCGACGACCUCGGGCUAUACCAUGGGGGGGGGUGCCAGCUGGGGCGGGGACGGGGCAAGCAGCGGAGGGGGUGAUGUUGGGUACUAUGAUUCGCCGUAUGGAAGGUGAAGUGGGGAAGCAAGACAGUGUUGAGCUUGGAGAGGAAAUGAUAUGCUCUUCAACGGUAAACUUUCCCCCAGUCGAUGGAGAGACUGCGAGACACUUCCUUCUCUUUGGUCAGGGUCAUGCAAGGAGGUUUCUUUUCAGCUUGGUUUUCUUUCUGUUUUUGGUCACGGCGAUAGAAACAUUUUGACCUUUUUGGUGGUCAGUUUCCUGUUUUGUAAGGGUUCUUCAUUUCUCUUGAUCAUUUUGGGAUUUGUUUGCUUCUAUAUGGGACAGGUUUUUUUUGAUAUUCACUUCUUGUUUGUUUUUUCUCACCGAUGGUUUAACGUUUAGGUAUACCCCCUUCCUGGGCCCUUUUGGUUGGACGGUUGUUCAGAUUCAACUCAUUGGUUAUUUUUUCUCCAAGGUCACAGGUUGGUUUGGGUAUAUGGGGAUGGAUGAAUGGGAAUGGGGGACGGGGGAAUUAGUCAUGACUUUUUGGUUUACACACU